AUGCAACAAUUGUUUGACGAUUGGGAAGUGGAUAACGAAGUUCAAGAGAUUAAUGGUGCAGAAGCAAUCUGUGAGGAAGAGCCAAAUAAAUAUGAUAGUGAGGAAAUCCAAGUUGAGGAUUUAAAUUUUGCACCACCAAAAUUAGAUGAUAGGAGAGCUGAAUCAUUCAAAGGAUGGGCCAUCGUCUUGAUUGGAAAGAUAUAUCUUGCUUCAUCCAAAGGCCAUAGUUUUGUCAUUGUGGCCACAGAUUACUUCAUAAAACGGGUUGAAGCAAUUCCAAUAAAGAAAGUGGAACAAAAAGAUGUAAUUCAGUUUAUAAAGGAGAAUUUGAUUCACGAGUUCAGAAUUCCUCAAUUAAUCACUAGAUACCAGGAAACUAUGUUCAUUGGUGAGGAGAUGAAGGAUUAUAUCGAGGACUAUGGGAUCAAGCUUAUCAACUCUACACCAUACUAUGCUCAUGCCAAUAGGCAAGCAAAAGCUUCGAAUAAGGUUUUGGUCAGCAUCUUAGGGAAAAUGAUUGAAGAAAAUCCUCGAGAUUGGCAUAGGUUACUCUCAAAAACUUUAUGGGCAUAUAGGACUUCAAAAAUAAAUGCCACAAGUGUGAGUCCAUUUACACUCACGUUUGGGCAUGAUGUAGUAUUGCCUAUGGAAGUAGUAGUGUCGUCUCUGAGGAUGGAAAAGCAAAAUGGACUAGAGUUUGAGGAGUACUCCCAAGCCAUAGUGAUGGAGUUAGAGGAACUGGAUGAAGAAAGAAUAUAG